AUAUUUGAUUUAUACUAGAAAUAUUGUUAGUUACAUAUAUAUUCUUUUUGUUUUAAUAUAUGUGUUAGCUUUAUUACAAUUUAUUUGUUUAAAAUUGUAUGCAAAUCUGUCUGGUUCAGGAGUGCACCACCUUUCUUUCCCCGCUCCGAGAUAUCAACAAACACCGCCUUUGCCAGUUGUGUUCCGUGACCGUAUGUGACAUUCUGACUACGGCUGCUUGUAAACUUGCGUUGGCGCACCUAAUCGCUGUCAGUUCGUUAGAAUCCGCCUGCAAAUCGCAGCUCGACCCUAAUUCUUUCCAAUCCUCGCCUGCUUUCUCGGUGGCAGACGAAGCCGCCGUGGCGUCUGCAAAACAAAGAGAAGCUCCGGGUUCGAGGAUUAUUGAACCAAACCUCUCCUCGCACCACUUCGCAGCUUGGGCCGCCGGAUUAUCUCGGCGUUCUGAUCCAUAAUCCCGCGUAUUUUUAGCGUUUCGACGAGUCUGGCGAUGGUGCACAUCUCGAUCUGAAACGGUUCUUGCGGUGAAUUCCUUCCGGGGUCGCCCCGCAUUCGGGCCAAGAUGAAUCUGACGUAGCGCUCCAACGUUUUGCCGACGUCCGAGCCUCGGAAGAUGAUGAGCGGGCGGGUGGCUGUGGACGAUGACGACGAAACCACGACGUCGAGCGACGGGACUUCAUCGUCGUCCGACAGUGACGGCGAACUUCCCGUCGCCCACAACGGCAAUAAGAACAGCGUGCCUCCGAUCCGCAAAGAUGGCAUGGCGGUCUGCGAGCGUUGCGGGACCGUCGGAGUCAAGCAUGCCUUCUACUCGAAGACCAAGCGGUACUGCAGCGUCGUCUGCUCUCGGGGCCUGGUGCGGGGAGCGGGUGGUGGAAAAACCUCGUCAACGCAGAAGUUGACAAAACGUCCCGUGGCACAUGGGCAACACUCUACAUCCCUUUCCCAUAAGCCCAAAUACGAGCUUGUAACUUCUUUCAACUGGAAGCCUUACCUAGCUAGGAGCGAGUUUGUGGCGGCUCCUGUUUCCUGCUUCAAACAUGUUGCCUUUGCCGACUGUUGGGACAACGUGACGGUGGGCAUGAAGGUCGAAGUGGAGAACAGGGAUUGCGAGAAGUUCAAGCACAUCUUUGCCAGCUUCUACUGGAUCGCAACCGUGGUCAAGAUUGCGGGCUACAUGGCCAAGCUGCGCUACGAAGGCUUCGGCUUGGACGACUGCAAAGACUUCUGGGUGAACCUCUGCGUUGACCAGGUCUACCCUGUCGGCUGGUGUGCCUCCCAGCAAAAGCCGCUCAUUCCGCCCAAAACGAUAGAGCACAAGCACGGGGACUGGAAGCAGUUCCUGGUGAAGAGACUCACCGGGGCACGUACCCUGCCCACAAACUUCCACGCAAAGGUCCGUGAGAGCAUCCGUGGCCAGUUUCCCGUGGGCCUGAAGCUGGAGGUGGUGGACAAGAAGCGCAUUUCGUCGGUGCGGGUGGCCAAAGUGACGCAGGGUGUCGGGGGCCGCAUCCACAUUGUCUACGAGAGCCUGGAAGACGACGGCUUCUGGUGCCACGAGAGGUCUCCCCUCAUCCACCCCAUUGGGUGGGCCCAGGUCAUCGGGCAUGACCUCAGGGCCUCGCCAGAGUAUGCCAAGAUGUCCCUUGAGAAGGCGCUGCUGAGGAAGUGCAGUCCCGAUGAGGCAUCCUGGGACAUGUUUCCCCCUGUGCACACGCCGUCGUGCGAGCUCAAGUUCCGGGAGGGCAUGAAGCUGGAGGCGAUCGACCCACUGAACCUGUCGACCAUCUGUGUGGCCACGGUGACCAAGGUGCUACGCAACAAUUACCUCAUGAUCGGCAUCGACGGCAUGAUGGCUGCCAACGGGUCCGACUGGUUCUGCUACCACGCCUCCUCGCCCUGCAUCUUCCCCGUCGGCUUCUGCGAGCUCAACGGCAUCGACCUUACUCCCCCAAGAGGUCACAAGGGAGAGUUUCGGUGGUUUGACUACCUCCGACUGACCAAGUCCCAGGCAGCUCCCGUCUCCCUGUUCAAGAAGGACAUCCCGAAGCACGGCUUCCAGGAGGGCAUGCACGCGGAGGCGGUGGACCUGAUGGAGCCCCGGCUGAUCUGCGUGGGGCGCAUCACUCGUGUGGUGGGGCGCCUGCUGCGGGUGCACUUCGACGGCUGGGAGGACAGCUAUGACCAGUGGUGCGACUGCGAGAGCCCGGACCUCUUCCCCGUGGGCUGGUGCCAGCUGGUCGACUACCCCCUCGAGCCGCCCAGGCAGCCCGACACUGGCUUCCUGAAGAAGAAGAGGAAAGUGCAGACCUACAAGGGACAUCGUAGAAAAAAGAAGACUCGCUUCGUGCACGGAGGCCGCAAAAACAGCGGGGCAGCCAAGGGCGGAUCGCCGCUCGGCGAUCUCUACAGCGACGACGUUGACAUGAAGAACGAGGAGGACGAUGUUGUUUCCUCCUCGUCCGACGUUCCGGCGCUCGCUCGUUCGGACUCGAAGAUGGAGGACAGCAACCAGUCGUUCGGAACUGCAAGGAUGGACGAGGAUGAGGAAGAAGAGGAGAGGGUGAAGACCCGCAGUGGCCUGGCGCUGAGCAUGUCGCUGGGCAGCCUGCACCCGCAACACUGGAGUGUUGUGGAUGUGUCCAACUUCCUACGGAUCAACGACUGUGGAUCCUACUGCCAGGGGUUCUGCCAGCAGCGGGUGGACGGGGCACAGAUGCUGGCGUUGACCAAAGAGGCCAUCAUGACCAUGACCGGGAUGAAGGUGGGGCCCUCGCUCAAGAUCUUCGACCUCAUCCAGCAACUCAAGGCGGAGUUCAAGGGAAAGGACUUCCUCAAGUGACGGGGCAGGCCCAGCACUCCGACGAGUUGCCGGCUGCAGGUCGUCGACCGCAAACGGCACCACCAUCUCUCCGUCGCCACCCAGCGUUGGAGGCCUUGUGCAACUAUGUCUGCUUUGUGAAGAGUAUCGUGCGGACAUAUAUUUCGCGCUUUGUGCGGCUUAGAACGUUGCCUUCAAUAUGGGGUCGAGUCCGACGCCUUGAUGCCGGGUUCGGACACCUUGGUGCCGGGUCUGGGCACUUUGGUGUAAGUCCAGAUGCCUUGGUGCCAUGUCCGACACUCCGGGGCCAGGUGCGGACACUUGGGUGCCAGGUCCGGAUGGGGUAGAGUCAACAGUGGGCAGAUGGGCCGACCGCACAGACACUGUGUCAUGCAGAAAUGCACAAAGCACAUUUGGGAAUUCGUGCUUUUGAGGAAGUCAUCUCCAAUCACCUGUGCAGCUUUGUUCUUAAAAAAGUUUUUUUUUUUUUUUUUUUUUUUUUUUUUUUAGCAUUUGUGUGCAUGCACAUGCAAUACUUUCGUCUGAUUUGAGAUGAUGCCAAGGAGCAUUGCAGGCCUUUCUCGUGACUAAUCUGGCAUACUCUCCAAUGCUUUCGGUAGGUUGUACAGAGAAGCUGCUUUUUUUUCACUUGCUUUGAGGCUCAUCUGGUUUUGACGACUCUGGCUGCACCUAACACACGGAAAGCUGUUGUCAGUUUGUGCGAGUAAUCUGAGAGCCCUAUUUCCAAUAAAGGUGGCCAUUUUGAAAGA